AUGUGACCAUUAGUAACUGAGCAUUACAGAAUUUUGGAUGCUUACGGUAAUUCUCCUAAAUAUAUUUAAAAUCUCUAUUUUCAUUUACUUUUAAUUGAAAGAAAAUGUUCUUGCUUGAAGUUUUGUUAUAGUGGUAUUGGGAAAUUAUUGGAUGUUUUAACAACAGCAAAAAGUGAUUAUUAAUGAUAAUAGAUUUUCUUGCCCUCAUACUCCUAGUUUUUUAUAAUCAAAAUAAGUACAGGAUUUUGCCAAUUGAGGAAAAUUAGGAUAUUGGUCACAUUGUAAAAUAAUUUAAUUAUGGCUGUUUUAAAAAUUUUUAUUAAUAUAUUUGUAAUGCAGUCAUCAUGGAAAAUUGGUACAUAUACAUAUCAUAUCAUGAUCUUUCCUUUUCUCCUCCCUUUCCUUCCAUCUCCUCUCAUACCCAGAUCCCCUUCCCAUCUCCACAACAUCUGUCUUGUCUUUUACUUUGCUCUUUAAAUUUUAAUAUGUUGGGUUUCUCAUAUAUAACAUGAACAAUAAUUAUAAUAAUAAACAUUGUAAAAUUAAAUUUCCAUCAAAAUAUAUAUAAUUCCAGUUUUAAAAAAAACAGAACUUCUCAAAUUAUUAUAGGUUUAUUUGAUACAAUAUUAACUUGUGAAUCACCUUCUGAACUGCCUCGAAAGUUAUUAUGCACUGCAUACCUUAAAGAUGUUUGUUUUUAAAUGUUGAUGUUUUGGGAUAGCUAUGCAUCUCUAAAGUAGGAAUUUGACUAGUAUGUUAGUUGCCAGGAACUUCUUUAGCCCUUAGGUUCAUCGCUAUGAUUAUGUAAUAUUUGUGGAAAGUCACCGGUAAGCAUAAAACAUCACUAGCAAACUAGAAAAUUCUAGGUUGAUGAUAAAAAUUAGUAGGAAACAACUCAAAAGAAGCAGUAUAAAAUCAGAUACAAUGGCACACUUCUGUAAUCCCAGCAUUUGGAAGGGUGAGGCAGGAUUGCAGAGUUCGAGGCCAGCCUCAGCUCUGUAGUGGAUUCAGGGCCUAUGGGGAAAAAAAAGAUAGUAUACACAAAAGGAGAUACAAUGUCACAGCCUUACAGACCACUUCCUACUUGUUGAAUAGAAACCUCUUUCAAGUCUUCCUUAGCUUUCCAACAAACCAUUUGUUAAGUAUUUAGAUAUUUUAAUGUAAUUCAUGAUGAAUGUAAAUUGUGAAAAUGUAGAUCUUUUUAAAUUGUAGUGAUGAAAAAUAUAUUCAACAUAAAAAUUUUUCUGUCAUUCUCUUCAAGAUAAUGUUUGAAUUACCAGUCAAUCUCUUGAUUUCCUGUACCUUCUGUGGUUCAGAUAUUAGCAACACAACUGAUAAUCUCUUUGGAGUUCAGAGUCAAAUUUUAAAACCUGUUAAGUUUGAUAUUGUCUUGAAAGUUUUGCUUGGAAUGAAUCAUCCCUAUUUUAUUCAGGGUUUUUUGCCUAUUGUGACUGAUUUUUCUUUGUUCACAGCUAUUCUGUAUAAUAUUGUGUGAUGUUUCAUUGAUGCUUUUUUUAAUACCAGGGAUCAAACUCAUGACCUUGCACUUAUCAGGCAAGUGCUUGAGCCACUGAGCUAAAUCCUCAGCCCCUGUUUCAUUGAUUCUUUAACAUGAUCCUUCCAUCUUCCCUUUCCUAUAGUUUCCUAUAGUUUCUACACUUCAGGGUUCCAGUGAGUUCUUUUCUUUGCCUCAGAACUAUGUGAAUUUAGCAGAGCAUGGUAGCACAUGACUGUGUGUUUAUCCAGGAUCACAAGUUGAGGCCCAGCCUGGGCAGAUUAAUCUCUUAGUGAGGUGUAAUUCAAAAUUUUAAAAAGGAUUGGGGUUGUAGUUUGGGACAAAGGCCCUAGGUUCUGUUUUCAGUACCAAAAAAAAAAAAAAAAAAAAAAAAUCCGGCACCUAUAGAUUUAAUUUGCGAGAUUCCAGGACCUUGUUUUAAGAGGUUCUGUUCCCUGUUUUGAUGUUGUUCACAGAGACAGGUAAGUGAUAGAUGGGAUCAAAUAUAGCCAGUGAUAGAUGGGAUCAAAUAUAGGUGCUGCAGUCAUGGGACCACCGCUCUAACAACUUGUGAUCGAUUGUACAGCUCAAUAGCUUUGAGAUAAGGAGCCAUGAAUAUGCUAGAUGAGCAACCAUAAUAGAAGAAAUAAGGGGAUGAUUGAAUAGAUUCUUUCCCAUUUUCCAUUCCUAGAAAUAUUUUACACUUUUAGUUUUAAAUACAGUGUUGGGUUUAUAUUCCAGAAACAUUCCUCUUUUAAAAUGGGUGAAAUGCAAGUGAUAGCACUCAUUUAAAGAACACCUUACUUCUCUUUCAGGAGAUGUGAAUCUUACAAAUUAAUUUUGUUUGUUUCCCCUGAAAUUGGUUACUAUUCAGUAUCCAUUUCUCUUCUGUUUUUGUUUUUUUUUUUUUUUUGGGUGUGUGUGUGUGUGUGUGUGUGUGUGUGUCUUUUUUGAGACGGGGUCUUGCUAUGCAGUUCAGGCUGGCCAUGAGCUCACUUUGUAGCCCAGGCUGGUCUCGAAUUUGCAAUGAUCCUCCUGCCUCAGCCUCCCGAGUGCUGAGAUUAUAGGCAUGAGCCACCACGCCCAGCUUCUCUUCUGUUCGUGGAUAAUUAAAUUUAUACUUAUACCUAGAUUGGACUUUGUUGAGUUUGUUUGAGCAGUGUUAUACUAAAAAAAAAAACCUUUUGACUGUUGGGGAACUCUUCUGGGCCUCGAUUGAUGUCCAGGGACUUUGGGAAUUCCAGUGCAUCCAGGCAAAUGCCUGCCCUUUCCAACCACAUAGCUAGUAGCUUCUGAAGUAAUCCCAAGGGUUUUGUUUGCUUUUUUUUUUUUCGAGGAUGUAAAUUGAGAACAGAAAUACUGCCUUGAAAAAAGCCCAGGAAGCAGUAGGUUUCAUCUCUCCUCAGCCUGCCAGGCUUUUGGUGAGUCUGGGAGUGUUGACAGAGUCUUGAGUCCUCUUGGCAGAGAAUAAGAGUCAAAAAGAGAGAGGUCCUUGGGCAGUGGUCCAAGUCCCUACUUGCCUCAUUAGGGAGAAGUCAACCUUGUGUGUCUGGUUGGCAGGGCACACUUAAUCACGAAGUAUCAUUUCAGCGGUUUGCAAAGAAAAGUGAUACGAAGGGACAGCUGCAAGUAAGCCACAACCUCAGUCUGAGGAAAUCGAGCACCCACUUCACUUGGAGGGAAGAGCAAACGAAGGAAGGCUAGGGCUUAACAGGUUCCCAGGUACCAUUGAAUAGGCCAUGGCUCCGCGUUUACGGCAAAGAAGGCGUAAGAAACAUCCAUCAGUGACUCCUAUGGUUGUAACUCCACCCACAGUUGUGACUCCUAUACCUGUGACCCUCACAAAACCUGACCCUAGCAUUGAUGCACUUGGCUUCUUCUCCUUGGAUAAUAAUGUUCCUGGCCUAUCCAAGCUGAUUCUUCAAAAGCUGAACAUGAAAAGCUAUGAAGAAUACAAGAUGGUGGUAGAUGGUGGUACCCCUGUAUCAGGCUUUGGAUUUCGAAGUCCUCAAGAAAUGUUCCAAAGAUUGGAGGACACAUUUCGAUUCUGUGCUCACUGUAGAGCACUACCUAGUGGACUUUCAGACUCCAAGGUUCUCCGACACUGUAAAAGGUGCAGAAAUGUGUAUUACUGUGAUCCAGAGUGUCAGAGGUCAGACUGGCCAGUACACAGAAAGGUUUGUCAAGAACUUGGUCAUGUGGCUGUGGAUCGUCUCAUGGAAUGGCUCCUAGUCACAGGUGAUUUUGUCCUACCCUCAGGACCUUGGCCAUGGCCGGCUGGUGUACAGGACUGGGAUACUUGGUUUUCUAUGAGAAGGUUACAGCUAGAGGCUACACUGGAUGCUAUGCUAGGUAGCCAUGCCAUGACCAUCCUCUGGGCCAGUGUAGGAAGGCCAAGGCCAGACCCAGAUGCUCUGCGGGGGUCUUUGAAGCGGCUGCUAACAGAUAUCCUGUCAAGGCCUUUGACACUGGGCCUAGGACUUCGGGCCCUGGGGAUAAACACUGGGAAGCCUGGAGGAAGCACAGUACAUGUGGUUGGUGCUUCUCAUGUGGAGACAUUUCUCACUGGUUCUGAGGACUAUAAUGAGCUUGGCUACAUGUUUCCUGGACAUCUUGGCCUCCGUGUGAUCAUGGUGGGUGUGGAUGUGACUACUAGCUUUUUACAGAGCACUGUAACAUCAACUCCAGAACCUGACACCGUUCACCUUAGUGGCCAUAGGGGCCUGUAUCAUGACUUCUGGGAGGAACAGGUAGAGACUGGGCAGAUGGCCCAUCCAGAUAUGGUUGUGGCUUUCCAUCCAGGUUUCCAUGCCUCCCCGACCUUGAUGGAAGCUUGGCUACCUACCUUGCUGCUACUUCGUGACUAUAAGAUCCCUACAUUGCUUACUGUUUACAGCUAUCAGGAAUUGACAGCCUCUUUGCAGAUUCUGGUGGACCUGGAUACCCAUGUCAUUGCCUAUGGAGCUAAUCCUUUCUCAUCUCUCAAGCCUGAACAGGUCUAUUCCAACCCCAACAAGCAGCCAGUAUACUGCAGUGCCUACUAUAUCAUGUUUCACGGGAGUUCCUGCCAGCUAGAAGAGAGGCCAUUAGAUGAGAAAGUAGAUGGCGGGGUUUAAAUGGCUGAGCCAGUUCCUAACUGGAUUCCUAGAAAAUGAGGAAGCUAUAAUAUAGUUAUUCUGCACAUGCCAGGUUGUUACCAAUGCUAAAACAUACUUUGUUUAGAGUAAAUUUCGUUUGCUGUCCAGAUAAAAGAGUCUAAGCAGAAUGAGAACACCAGUAUGAUGUAACUUAUUUCUAAGUGGUUAGCCACAAGUAGUUUCUAAAGAUAGGUUUCUAGACUUAGUAGGUGGCAAAAAGCCCUGGAAGUCUUUCCAGAGUCCGGAGUUUCUAAUAGUUUCCUUUGUGAGUAAGUUACACUUUUUGACUAGAACCAGCUGGCACUGACGAGAAAAAAGAACCAUCAUAUUCUUCUGAAAAUAAUUCUUCUUAUCCUGAAAUUCAGGGUAAAAACUGGAGAAGUUGAUGACUUGCCAGUGGUCUGAGAAUGGACAAGUCAGGGAAGUUUUGGGAGUGUGGGGAAGGUUGUAAAUAUUGGCACAUUGCCACAUUUCUGCUGCCCCCUCUCCUCGAGUAAUGUCUCAUUUUCCAAUUGUCUUUUGGGGAAUUCUGACCUCAGAGUGGACCUGAUGGUAUAUUUGAGUUAUCCCAGGUUUUAUCAAACUUUACUUGAAUUCAUUGACAUUAUCUCCUGUUCUAUAUCACAAUAAAUUCAGUUUUGAGGGUGGAUUUUUAUUUGUUUUAUUUAUUUAUUUAUUUAUUGUCUUUUUCAUUUUUAUCGGUACCAGGGAUUGAACUCAUGACUGCACGCUUGCAAGGCAGGUGCUUAUGCCACUGAGCUAAAUCCCCAGCCCCUAUUUGUUUGUUUUAAUGACAGAGGAGGGCUUACUACAUUGCCCAGGCUGACCCUGAACUUCUGGCCUCAAGUGAUCCACUUGCCUCAACCUGUCAAAUAGCUGGGUCUGCAGAUACCACACUGUGCCUAGCUACUUCAGAGCUUCUUAAAUCACUACUUUUAUAUUAUUUUUUGCACGUAUUACUCACUUGCAUACAAUACUUUGAAAUGGAAGAUUAAUAGUAGCUUUGUUUGGGCCCACCAUUCUUCUGUAUACUUGUCUAAUGUUAUCUUUCUUUUAUCACAUUCUCAGAUUACUAGAUGCUCAUUUCUACAACCUUGCCAUUUGUUACAUACAUGCGCAUAAACAAUCUGUCCCCCCAGUAUACACAUAUGUACUCUUAUGGGGGUAAUUUUGAAUUAAUUUGUUUGUUUGAUUUAUUUAUUUUAGGCAGGGUGUUGCUAUGAUGUUCAGGUUGGCCUUGAACUCACUAUGUAUGUAGGCCUCUCAAACUUCCAGUGGUCUUCCUGCCUCAAGUGUCCUGAAUGCUAGGAUCAAAGCAUUCACCACCAUGCCCCAUUCAUUUAUUCAUUUAAAACAAUUAACACCUACUGUGUGAAAGGUAUUUUAUUACUACUUUUGGGAAAUAGGUGAAUGAGAGAUGGUCCUUAAUCUUAAAUUAGGAAGAGAAAUAAUAUGUCUACAGAGAUACUUUUUUUUUUUUUUUUUUUGUCUUUUUCCUUUAUCGGUACCAGGGAUCGAACUCACGACUGCCUGCUUGCAAGGCAGGCGCUUAUGCCGCUGAGCUAAAUCCCCAGCCCCGAUACUUUUAUUGAAGAAUAUAGUAAUAAGAAAUGAGAGACUUGUACUGCUAAGGAAAUAGAGGCUUUGCUGAUAUCAGCAAAGAGAGAUCACUUCGGCAACUGGUAGUGAAAGUAUUGUGAAUUAAAAUUUUAUGAACAAAAAAUAAAUAAAAUUGUAUGAAACAAAGAGCAGGGUAUUCCAGAGAAGAAAUAGGAACAGAAGAUUAGAGGCAGAUAAAUUUAGGGGAGGGAAGCCAGGCAUGGUGGCUCAUGCCUGUAAUCCCAGCACUCGGAAGGCUGAGGCAGGAGGAUUGUUGCGAGUUCGAGACCAGCCUGGGCUACAAAGUGAGCUCAAGGCCAGCCUGAACCGCAUAGCGAGACCCCGUCUCAAAAAGACAAAAAAAAAAAAAAAAAAAAAAAAAGGUUAGGGGAGGGGGAAAUUAUAGAGUAUAUUGAAGAAUUAGUAUAAAUGAAGUCUGGAAAGUAGUUUGGCAUUAUGUUAUAGAAGAAACAUAUCUAUUAUAGAUCUAAGUAUAAUCUUGGGGUGACCAUCAGAUAUUUUUGUGCCCUAAGCUAAACUACUGUCUUUGUUUCCUCAUUGGCAAAAUAGGGAUAAUACCUAUUACUCAAAGUUGCAUUAAAUAUUAAAUGAAAAUGUUUGUAAAGUUGGAGGACUCGCAUGUCUCACUUUCAGAAUUUACACAAAGCAGUAGUAAUCAAGCCAGGUGUGGCACAUGCCUAUAAUCCCAAGACUCAGAAGGCUGAGGCAGGAGAAUUGCCUAGAGCUUGAGGCCAACCUGGAUUGAAUAGUGAGUUCAAGGCCAGUCUGAAGUAUAUAGUGAGACCCUGUUUCAAAAAACAAAGAUAAAACUAUGUGGUGCUGGCAUAAGAGAGAUACAUUCAUCUAUGAAAUAGGAUUGGGAGUUGUCUUAAUCUGUUUGAACUACUAUAAUAUCAUUUUAAAGGUGGCUUAUAAACAACUGAAAUUUAACACAAUUGGGGGCUGGGGAUAUAGCUCAGCGGCAUAAGCACCUGCCUUGCAAGCAGGUGGUCGUGAGUUCAAUCCCGGUACCAAUAAAAAUGAAAAAGACAAAAAAAAAAUUUAACACAAUUUCAGAAGAUAGAAGUCAAAAAUCAAAGAAUUGGUCUAUUUGGUAUCUUUUUAAGGGCUCAUUUUCUCAUUUACAGAAGGCAUCUACUUACUGCAUCCUUAUGUGGUGACCCUUAUUUCUCUUUUAUAAAAGAAUUACUCCCAUUGAUGACCCCAUCACUUCUGAAAGGCUUCACUUCCUAUUACCAUUGCAUUUCAGUGCAUUAAUUUUAAGUGGGACGUAUACAUUCAGACUAAUAAGAAUUGAAAAAAAAAGUCCUUACAUGUAUGGCCUAUUGAUCUUUCACAGGGGUGCCAAAGCAAUUCAAUGAGAAAAAAUUGACUUUUAAAUAAAUGGUGCUGUUGUGAAGGAUAUCAAAAGUAAUUUAAGGGAAAAACAAUAGACUUUGUGUGUGUGUGUGUGUGUGUGUGUGUGUGUACUGAGAAUUGAACUCAUGACCUUGCACUUGCCAGGCAGGCACUGUGCCAGGAAUAGACUUCUGAACAAGAUGCUGAGACAGUUGGCUAUCUACAUGCAAAAGGAUAAAGUUGGACUUCAAACUCAGAACAUAGGAAAAUUUACUCAAAUUGUUCAAAGACCUAAAAAGAAAAUAUAGUGAUAAAUCUUAAUGAAUUUGCAUUGGGAAAUUUUUUUUAGAUAUGGUACCAAAACUCAAAUAGCCAAAAUAAUAAACUGCUUCUUUCAAAAACCUUGAUAUGCAUGAUGGUGCAUACCUGUAAUCCCAGCUACUGAGAAGGCUGAGGCAGGACAACUUAGCAAGACUCGGUCUCAAAAUGAAUACAGAAACUAGAAGUAAGGUGUGAUGAAACAUGCCUGUAAUUCCAGCACUCUGGGAGGCUGAAGCUGCAAGAGCUUGAUUUCAUUCCCACUGUGGGUAACUCAGUGACUUAGUGAAGGCCCAUCUAAAAAAAUAAAAAAGGCAGGGGAUUUAAACCCUAGUAACUGGAGUAGGAGGGAAUAUAUAUAUAUAAAACAUAUGCAAAUACAUCAUUAUAUAAAGAACUAGUGACUGAGAUUUUCAGUUUCCACAGGAGGUCCUAGAAACAAUUCCCCACAGAUACUGAAUGACAGCUGUAUUCAGAAAUUAUGUAUUUGAUGAGGACUUGCAUCGGUGUAUAUAAACUACUUUUUCAAUUUAAAAGAACAAAAAAAGACCAAUUUUUAAAUGCCCAUAUGUUCUAAAUAGAUGUUUCCCCAAAGAAGAUAAAUAAUAAGCAAACAAAAAGAUGCCAAACAUCAUUAGUCAUUAGGAAAUACAAGUAGAAGACAGCAAUAGGUUAUGACUCUGUGGUAUAGCAUAUGAUACAGGGUAUCUAUAUUCACUUCCUAGCACCAUCCCACACAGAUACAAUGAAAUAACUGCUUUUGUCCUUUUACAGUGGCUAUAAUAAAGACUCAUGAGUUUGAUGAGGAUGUGGGGAAAUUUGGACCUUCAUACACUACAGGUGAUAAUUGUGUAGCCAUUUUGGCAAUGGUCUGGCAGUUCCUUAGAAAGUUAGAUUAAAUUACCAUGUAAUUCCGUAACUCAAAUCACAGGUAUAUACUUAUGAGGAAUAAAAAUAUAUGCACAUGAAUAUUCAUAGCUUGUUACUCAUAAUAACCAAAA